GGCUACGUGCUGCGCAAGAAGAAGCCCAGACACAAGGUCGGCUCCUUCCAGCUGUAUUUGGACGGCUACGUGGGGGCAGACGAAUUUUUCAGAAGACACCCGCUCCCGCAUCAGGGCCCGGCACAAACAGCCACCACCCAGACCGCCGGAACGUUCGAAUGGACCGCAGACACGCUUUCGCAACUACAGCGGGAGAUCGAAAAACUUGUCAUUCUCGACUUCAUCGUCAGAAACACCGACCGUGGCCUUGACAACUGGAUGCUCAAGAUAGAGCACGAGAACGGCCGCGCGCAGGUCCGGCUCGGGGCCAUCGACAACGGGCUGUCGCUGCCAUGGAAGCAUCCAAACGAGUGGCGGUCGUUCCCCUUUGGAUGGCUGUUUCUUCCAAUCUCCAUCAUUGGCCAGCCCUUCUCUGUGCAGACAAGAAACCAUUUUCUGCCCCUGCUGACCUCGAAGGCGUGGUGGGAGGACACGAGCGUUCUGUUGCGCGAGAUGCUGAGCCGCGACCCGGGCUUCAAAGAGCGCAUGUUUCGCAAACAACUGGCUGUACUGAAGGGACAGGCUUGGAACGUGGUGCAAACGUUGCUGGUGCCGGGCCAGAGCCCGCUGGACCUGGCACGCAAGCCACGCAUGCUGGUGGAGGACUCUGAGAUCGAGGUGCCGUUCACCAACCCGAUCCCGAUGAUUGUGAACGCGAUGGAGUCCUCGAUCACCGACAGCUCCAUUCCCGUCGGCAAAGACCUGCAGAACAACUGGAACUCGUAUUUGUCCGGCAAGAUCGAUGAGUCCAAGUGGGAGGAGGGAAACACCAGCAUCCUGGAUCAGGGAAUCCAGCUGGUUAGCGUGGGGACGAAAACGGUGAUUGUGGAGCGGCUGCAGCCGGUGACUUCGCGACCACCCGUUUUUACAUGUUGUUAAUUUUUUUUACAAUAUUUGCGAACAAAAGGUGUGCUGAAGCGUCGCACAAUUGGCACACACAAAACAGAACACGGAUAGAGCAUUAGAGGCCGCGAGAGGUUUGUGUUCCACUGAGCCUCCAUUUUUCGUGCUAGCCCCCCAACAGGUGAAUAAUCUUCCCUUGACGACGACCUUAUCUUAUCGACUAUUCAAUUCAUGCAGCUCCUCUCGAUCCAGUCGCACGUUGCCCACGGUUACGUGGGGAACAAGGCCGCCACAUUCCCGCUUCAGACGCUCGGCUGGAACGUCGACGUGCUCAACACGGUCAAUUUCUCAAACCACACGGGGUACGGCAGUGUCCACGGAGAGGUGGUCGCUGGCGACCAACUGGCCGAGAUCUACGCCGGGCUGUGCGACAUAAAUGUCCAGUACGACGCGCUGCUCACAGGAUACAUCCACGGCGCGAGCUCGUUGGCCGCCGUCGGCCAGAUGUGCAAGGCCGUCAAAAAAAGCCGUCCCGAGUGUCUCUGGCUGCUGGAUCCGGUCAUGGGCGACGACGGCCAGAUAUACGUGAGCGAGGACGUGAUUCCUGUUUAUCGACAGCUGGUGCACAGCGGCCUCGUGGACGUGAUCACGCCGAACCAGCUCGAGCUCGAGCUGCUGCUGGACUUCAAGAUCACCGGCCGCGACGACCUGCGACGCGCCCUUGCCACCUUGCAUACAGAACACCAGAUCAAACACGUGGUGAUCUCGUCGCUGUUUCUGAGCGCACAGCAGCUCGGGUUAGAGGCCAAAGGCUGUAUCUACUGCUGUGUCUCUUCCAAAGACGCAGACGGGCCUAUUUUGUUCGAAAUCCCCAAAUUGGACUCUUACUUCACCGGCGUUGGCGACCUCUUUUCUGCGCUGCUGCUGGACAGACUGUUCAGACUUCAGGACGUGGUGCUGGCGACGAACCAGGUGCAGAGCGUGAUGUCGCGCGUGCUGGCCAAAACACAGCGGAUGUGCGUUGAAAGGCUUGGAGUAACGGUGCAGGGAAAGAUCGGCGACGCCACAUCCAUGAAGGAGUGCGAGCUGCGCAUCGUCGAGUGCAGAGACCUGUACCAUCUGGAGCAGACCGACUUCAGGGCUGUGCAGCUCUAGACGUGCAUCAAUGGAAAAAAAAUUCUGAAAAAUUUACAGUGGCUUCUUUCUCCGAGUCACGUGCAAUUUUAUCAGUACCGACGACAAAGUGCAAGCCUCUAGUGAAAAGUUGACCAAAAGUUGAUCGACUCUCCUCCCAGAAUGCUCGUUCCCCACGGAGGUGUCCUCCAAGACCUGUUGCAACGCGAUGCGCCAAUCAAGAGUGAGCUAAUCGCCGAGGCUGCCACCCUCAAGUCUCUUUCUUUGACUGACAGACAGCUGUGCGACCUCGAGCUGAUCCUCGUUGGAGGAUUUUCUCCCUUGACCGGUUUCCUCAACGAGGCCGACUACACUUCUGUCGUUCACAAGAUGCGUCUUUCUACUGGCGAGGUCUGGCCCAUCCCAAUCACGCUGGACGUUUCGAAGCAGGUGAGCUCGCAGUUCAAGUCUGGCGACAGAGUUGUGCUGAGAGACCCUAGAGAUGACCUUGCAUUGGCCAUUCUCACUAUCGGGGAUAUCUACACCCCAGACAAGCAGCUUGAGGCCAAGGAGGUGUUCAGAGGCGACCCCGAGCAUCCUGCUAUCCGCUACCUGUUCGAUGUGGCUGGUGAGGUUUACAUUGGUGGCGCAUUACAGGCCAUCAAUGCGCCAAAGCACUACGACUACACCGAGCUCAGAAAGACCCCGGCCCAGCUGCGUUCAGAGUUUGCCAACAAGCACUGGUCCAAGGUGGUGGCGUUCCAGACCAGAAACCCAAUGCACAGGGCCCACAGAGAGCUGACGGUGCGUGCUGCCAGAGACAAGCUGGCUAACCUACUGAUCCACCCCGUGGUUGGGCUAACCAAGCCGGGCGACAUCGACCACCACACCAGAGUGAAGGUGUACCAGGAGAUCAUCAAGAAGUAUCCGAACGGCAUGGCGCAGCUUGCUCUGCUGCCAUUGGCUAUGAGAAUGGCCGGAGACAGAGAGGCUCUAUGGCACUCCAUUAUCAGAAAGAACUAUGGCGCCACGCACUUCAUUGUUGGCAGAGACCACGCGGGACCAGGAUCCAACUCGAAGGGGGUUCCUUUCUAUGGUCCAUACGACGCCCAGGAACUCGUGGAGAGAUUUUCCACCGAGCUGGAGAUAGAGGUCGUUCCGUUCAGAAUGGUCACUUAUCUGCCCGACGAGGCCAGAUAUGCUCCUAUCGACAGCAUUCCAGAUGGCACCAAGACGCUCAACAUCUCCGGAACCGAGCUCAGAAAGCGUUUGAGAGAAGGCACCCACAUCCCAGAGUGGUUCUCGUACCCUGAGGUGGUCAAGAUCCUGAGAACCGCUUAUCCUCCAAGACAGACCCAGGGUUUCGCCCUGUAUUUGCAGGGUCUGCCGAACUCGGGCGUCGAGGCCCUGAGUUAUGCUCUGCAGGCCACGUUCAACCAGUUUUCUGGCGGCAGACACAUCACGCUGCUGGAUGCGGCCAAGAUCGGCAGUGGGGCAGUCAGUUUUGUUGUUGGCGAGCUGGUGAGGUCUGGUGCCGGCGUGAUUGUGGUGAACAACGAGGAGGUCGUUUCGAACGCCGAGUUGUCUGCCAUCAGAACCACUGUCGCCAAGUCCGGCACUUUUGUCGUGGUGUCUGUUGAGACGCCUAGGGCCGUGUGCGAGGCUAACGACAGAAGAGGAUACUUCCAGACUUCCAGAAAGGACAUCGAAGGCUAUGAGGUGCCUGCCGACGCGGAGAUCCGCGUGGACCUUGGCUCUCUGCCGAUCAACACUGCGAUCCAGAAGAUAGUCUUGUACUUAGAGGAGGAAGGGUUUUUUGUGUUUUAGAUCUACCUAUUCCAAUUAUUUAAAUAGACGACGGGUCGAUCGGCCUGGAGCAUAAUAAAUAAUUUAAC